AUGGGCCGUGAAAGACAGAAAAAGAAGAACAGAUCGUCCAAGCCGACAGUCAGACCCAAGUCGAACAGGACAAAGGCUGGGAAGAAAAAGGUCAACUUCCUGGGUAAUGAGACAAUAGCCAAAAACUGGGAUCGUACUCUCACCGUAUCGCAAAAUUACAAACGCCUUGGCCUGUCCUCCCGAUUGAACGCUGCAACUGGUGGCACUGAAAAGAAAAGAACAAGAGAUGGCGACAUUGAGGAAGAGAUUCGAGACUCCCUGGCAAUUACGGGACCCCGAGCUGCUACCAAAAUCACCGCUCAAGAAGUUCAGGUUGAGAAAGAUCCCAAGACGGGGCGCAUCAUCAGGGUCAUCCGGGCGGAGACUGACGAGGUCAACGACAACCCCUUGAAUGAUCCUCUCAACGACAUCAUGGAUGUGGAUAUGGAGAAACCACAGUCGAAACAGAAAUCUAGCGUGGUUGCUCAGCUUGAAGCUCAAGCAGCAGAAGAGGAAGCACUCUUGGCCAAGACGAAGCGUCCAAGGAAACAGAGCCAGAGGGAAGAAGAGUGGAUUGCGAAACUGGUGGAAAAGCAUGGUGAUGAUAUCAAAGCCAUGGUCAGAGACCGCAAGCUCAACCCUAUGCAACAGUCAGAGGGUGAUAUCAGCAGGAGAAUCAAGAAAUGGAAAGCCUCCCACGAAGCAACAAGUUGA